AUGGGUGUUCAUUCUUUUUGGGACAUCGUUGGUCCCACGGCGAGACCGGUGAGACUUGAGUCGUUACAGGACAAGCGAAUGGCCGUGGACGCUUCGAUUUGGAUAUACCAGUUCCUAAAAGCUGUUAGAGAUCAAGAGGGUAAUGCGCUAAAAAACUCGCAUAUCGUGGGGUUCUUUAGAAGAAUUUGCAAACUGCUGUUUUUUGGUAUCAAGCCAGUGUUUGUCUUCGAUGGUGGUGUGCCGCUCUUGAAGAGGCAGACCAUACAGCAAAGAAAGGAAAGAAGACAGGGAAAACGGGAUAGUGCCGCGAAUACUGCCAGGAAGUUGCUAGCAAUCCAAUUGCAAAAGCAGCAAGAGAACGAGCAAGCACGACCCCAAGCAAGUGAAAUACCGGCUGAAAAGUUGCCAGGGCGUAAUGAUGAUUAUCAGAUAUUCAAACCGCAGGACGAGUGGGAUCUGCCAGUAAUACCUGGUUUCAAAUAUGACGAGAAUGAUCAAAGAAUUCUUUCGGACAAAGUCUUCAACGAAUUCAAAAACUCGAUUGCUGAUGACGAAUUCGAUAACAUUGAUUUGGAAACCAUCAACCCAGCGUCCGCGGAGUUCGAAGAACUGCCGAAGUCUACGCAGUAUAUGAUUCUCUCAACACUACGUUUAAGAUCCAGAUUGAGGAUGGGGUACUCAAAGGAACAACUAGAGAACAUCUUUCCAGAUAGUAUGGAUUUUUCAAAAUUUCAAAUUGACAUGGUGAAAAGAAGAAACUUUUUUACUCAAAAGCUGAUGGGAGUUACCGGCACACACGAUGGUGGUGCAUCUAAAUUGGAUGAGGAAGUUGUAAAUAGGAUUUCCGGCCAACUUCACAGGCAAUACAAGUUGACAAAAACGGAUAACGGUUGGAUCUUAGGUUUGGGUGAUAUGGACGGAUCAGAAAAUACAAAGGCAAUUUUGUUAGAUGAGAAUAUGAAUUCUAAAAAAAUUAAUACCAAAAGUACUAAUUCUGACGAACGAAGUCUCAAGCCGAAGACUAGCGAUGAUGAUGACGAUGAUGAUGAUAACAGUUCAGAAUGGGAAGAUAUCGAUACACGGCCUCGAAAUACAAAGGGUGUGGAAGAUUUUUCAAUAAGGGCUGCAAGAUUACCGCAGUUAGAAAUGCAAUCGCAUUCCACCGGCAGUCAGUCAUUUUUGGAUAAGAGAUAUGACAAUACGUCUCCUGCGAAAAGGUCUAUUACUAAAGCGAUGCCACGUAUUGUCGAGGACUACAUUAACCAUGAUGAUGAUGAUGAUGAUGAUGAUGAUGAUGAUGAUGAUGAUGAUGAUGAUGAUGAGCAAGUUUUUGAAAGACACUUACAUGAGAUUGAAAUGAUGGAAGCGAUCCAAAAAUCCAGACGUGAAUCACAGCAAGAAAAAAUACCAAUGACGCCCAAUACGCACGUGCUGGACAUAGUUGACCCUAGUCCUAACAUGAUGCCUACUUCUAACGUUGAUUUGGAAAAAUUGCAACAUCAUUCGCCGAAUACGUCUAAAUCAUCAAACAAUAUCGAAAAACGUGAGACAACAAGCUUCAGCGAUCCGACCUGUGCAUUAACCGAAAGUGAACAAAAUCUUAAUCAUAUGGUUAGCAAAAUUCCAGAGUUUCAUUUCGGUCAAAGCAGUUCAUUUCUUUUUGAAGAUUCGGAUAAAAAAGACAAUUCAAAGCCAGAAAAGAAAGAGCCCAUUCAAGAGGUACCUGCGUGGUUCCAAUCAACGUCUUCCAAGCAAGAAAAUCCUUAUGCUGUAUCAAAUUUUGUCAGCGACAAAGAAGUUUUGAAUGACGAGGAGCCUAAUAAUUUCAAAUUGGUAACGGGAAUACAAGCACAAGAGCUUUUGCAAAACAAUAAGGGAAAAGAAGAUGGUAGAAUUGAUUUAUCAGAUGUCGAAAGGGUGCAUUUUGAUGGUGCUCAAGAAGUGAGCGUAACACCUAAGGAAAAGGAAACUCCAGAAGACAGUGAAUCAAAUAUUUCUGAGGGAUUUGAGAAAUCUAGAGAUUUGAGGACAGAACCCAUGGCAUUUGAUUAUGAUUUUUCUGAAGAGGAGGAAGAAAGUAUUGCGGAGAAUAUGAGAAAAGAGGAGCAUGAAUUCAAUUCUUUCAAGAACAACUUGAAUAAUAAAAUUGUAGAUAAUGCUUUCAUGGAAGAUGAACUAUUCGAAAAACAAGUAAAAGAGAAGAGAGACUCAGAUGAAGUGACUACUGAUAUGAUUAUUGAAGUUCAGGAUUUACUUUCCCGUUUCGGUAUUCCUUAUGUAACAGCCCCAAUGGAAGCGGAAGCACAAUGCGCUAAGCUUUUACACCUUAAGCUUGUUGACGGUGUUAUAACGGAUGAUAGUGAUGUCUUCCUGUUUGGGGGAACAAAAAUAUAUAAAAACAUGUUCCAUGAGAGAAACUACGUUGAGUUUUACGAUAUGGAUAGUAUCUCCAAACGGUUAGGAUUGGACCGUGAUAAUAUGAUAGAGCUGGCACAAUUAUUGGGCAGCGACUACACGACAGGCAUAAAAAGUUUAGGACCUGUCUCCAGUAUGGAGGUACUUGGUGAAUUUGGUGGUUUAGAGAAAUUUAGAGAUUGGUAUAAUGAAGGUCAAUUCGACAAAAAAAAGCAGGAAAAUGAGAAAAAAUUUCAGAAAGAACUAAGAAGGAAACUUGUCAAGAACGAAGUAGUACUCUCGUCUGAUUUUCCGAGUGAGCUUGUUCGUGACUCUUAUUUAAAUCCAGAGGUUGAUAGCGACGAAACAUCAUUUGUUUGGGGCACACCUGAUCUUGACAUGCUACGGACGUUCAUGAAUAGGCGAGUCGGUUGGCCUAAAGAAAAGACUGAUGAAGUCCUCAUCCCACUUAUUAGAGACAUCAAUAAGCGAAAGUCCCAACAAAGGCAGAUGACUUUAACGGAGUUUUUUCCUACUGAAUACAUAGAAAAUGAUAAAAAUAAAAACUUUGGAAAAAGAAUUGCAACGGCUACAGGCAAAUUGAAACAUAGGCGGCUUAAAUAG